AUGAAAGCUACUACAGAUCUCCAGGGAGUCAUCUUAGCGAUCGAUACCAGCAAGCGGCAGCCUUGGUACGAUGUCCAAUGGGAUAACGGCAAGGUGGACAGAGUUUCGGCUCGCUCUAUUGGUGCUGUACCUGCAACCAGAAGUCAACGGUCGCUGCCCCAAGCAUCCCCCCCCCCCGAGUCGAUGACGGAGCUGCUCUUGAGCACAGCCGGAGCUGAUGGGGUCGAUGUAUCUUCUGAGUCUUCUGAGUCCGAAGCCAGCGACGACGAAGAAGCCGGAGAAGAGGAAUUGGCCGAUGGGAAUACAGGUAGUGUAGCAGUUGUGUCUAGAAUAUCUGAUGAUGGUAAAGUUCUAGCACACAACCGCUCGUGGGAGUUCUGCUCAAGUGUUCUUGUGGAGCAAGCUAACGACUAG